AUGUCAAGCACUCUUUUCGAAAUCGGCCUUACGGUAAUGACUGAGGAGCUUCUAGUAGACGAUGUGUUCCGGAUCGACAUCCGUGGCGGACGGGAUCUCGAAAACGACACUCUCACCCUUGCUCGUGCCCUCCAGAUCGUAGUCGACGGUGUCGAAAGCUUGAUGAAGUACUAUAACAGGCUUCAGACACAAGUUCGAGUUCUAAUCUCUGUUUCUCAAAUUUGUCAUUACAAAUGUGCUGAUUACCUUUUCCCCGAACCUGUUUGUGGCGAUGCACCCCCAUCAUUAACUUUCUUGGAGAAGUUAUCUCCAACGCACGUCUUUCCAAACCUUGACGUUCCGGAGGGCCAGAGUACUGUCAAGCCAUCCGACUUCUCGAUGUGCUUAUUCCGCGCGAGGAUGCAGGAUGGCACCAUUGUCAUGGUGAAGUUUACACCGAGGUAUAAUGUUGAAGCCCAUUCUCUACUUGCAGAAGCGGAACUUGCACCUAGACUUUUACAUCGUACGAAGGUGGUUGGUGGCUGGUUCAUGAUUGUUAUGGAAUUUUUACCCAAUGCUCAAAACGCCUUCACCUACCUUUACGACCAUCAAAUACAACAGUCUAAACCCGGACACCUUCUCCCCCGAUCCGUCUACCUCGAUAUUCGGGAGGCACUCAACAUCCUACAUGCGAUAAAUCUUGUCUUUGGUGAUGUCAGGCUCCAGAAUGUAAUGGUGCGGGAGGACAAGGGAUCUGUUCGAGGCUGUCUAGUUGACUUUGACUGGUGUGGUGUGGCAAGAGAAGCUCGGUAUCCGGUUUUCUUGACGAAACUCAGAAGUUACGAUGAUGCUGGGAUGGAAGCGUAUGGAAAGAUGUCGAUCAAGCACGACGAAGUUUUAAUGGAGGAAUUUGAGAACUUUUGUGACGCAGCAUGA